AUGAUAGCUUCAACAUUGCCGUAUCCAUUAGAAGGUAAUCCAUCGGCUACAAAUGAACUAAAUUUUCCACCUCUGCCUAAAUCCGAUACUUCUCCAGUACCUUCACAUACAUCAUUGCCAUCGAACUCCUUAACUCGCGAUACGUCAAGAACUCCAUCGUUGAAAUCAAUGUUACUUUGGAUUGAUAUACCUCAAAAUGAUCCAAAAACAGUCAAUGAAAUUCAAAAACGUCAUCCAACAUUAGAAGUAAUCUUUAAAUCAACAUAUAAAGAUGCUGAAGAAUAUUUAAUUAAUAACUUACCUGAAAUAGAAGAACAUGAAAUAUUUAUUACUAUAUGCCGUGGUUAUUUUGCACAAGAAAAAAAAAGUUUUACUCAUGUUGCUCAACUUUUUGAGAAUCUUAAUCUUGGAACAAGACCUCUCGCAGUUUAUACAAGAAGUAAAACAGAUUUAUUAAAAUACACAUCAGAUCUUCCAAUGGGCGUUGAAAUUUUUGAUAAACAACUUGAUUUACUUGAUUUUGUAAAUGAUUGUUUAAAACCAAAAUCUUGA